AAAAUUAUAAGAAAUCAAAAUUAAAAUUUAGAUUAAAUUAGAUUAGAUGGAAUGAUUUUAAAUUUUAAAAUUUACUUGAAAUAUUGUUCCGUCUACAUAAGAGGGGGAAGCCCAUGAGAGACUCCGAGACAGUCAUUAUUGAAACAAAUAUUUAAACCUUGGAAGAACUACUGCUGCUGCCACUUGUAAAUAUUUAAACCUUUUAGCAUACAAAACACCAAAGCCCUGCCAUUAUUUCUACCAGUUUCGACAAGGUGCAGUGAUUCUGUGACCCUUUGGAGAGGAUAUGGAAAAUAGUCUCUUAGAUAAGGACUCAGAGCCGGAGAAUCCUUCAGCUUCAGCCAUAACAUGGACUGUCUUUUCUCAGGAAAUGAAAAGAGUGGGUUAUCUAGCAGCUCCUAUGAUUACUGUGACUUUGUCACAGUAUUUUCUACAGAUUAUUUCAAUGAUGAUGGUUGGUCACUUGGGUAAGCUUGCUCUCUCUAGCACAGCCAUUGCCAUCUCUCUCUGUGCUGUCUCUGGCUUCAGUCUUAUUUUUGGAAUGUCAUGUGCACUGGAAACUCAAUGUGGGCAAGCAUAUGGAGCACAGCAAUAUCGAAAAUUUGGUGUUCAAAUAUACACUGCUAUUGUCUCUCUUACUUUAGCUUGUCUUCCUCUGACUCUUUUCUGGGUCUACUUGGAGAAGAUACUCAUAUUUCUUGGCCAAGACCCUUCGAUUUCACAAGAAGCUGGAAAAUUUGCUUUGUGCAUGAUCCCUGCUCUCUUUGCUUAUGCAACACUUCAGGCCUUGAUUCGAUUCUUUUUGAUGCAAAGUUUGAUCAGUCCCCUUGUCAUAAGUUCCUCCAUUACUCUUUGCUUCCAUGUGGCUUUCAGUUGGUUAAUGGUCUUUAAAUCUGGAUUUGGUAACUUGGGAGCAGCAUUUUCAAUUGGUACUUCAUACUGGCUGAAUGUGAUUUUACUUGGCUUAUAUAUGAAAUUCUCUACUGAAUGUGAAAGGACUCGAGUCCCAAUUUCAAUGGAACUAUUCCAUGGGAUUGGUGAAUUCUUCACCUAUGCUAUUCCUUCAGCUGGAAUGGUUUGCCUUGAGUGGUGGUCAUUUGAGCUGCUAACCUUGCUUUCUGGUCUUCUACCAAAUCCAGAGCUUGAAACUUCAGUCUUAUCCAUAUGUUUAUCCAUCAUCACAACUAUCUACACAAUCCCAGAAGCAAUUGGCUCAGCAGCAAGCACUAGAGUUUCAAAUGCAUUAGGAGCUGGAAGUCCACAAUCAGCACGAGUAUCUGUUUCUGCUGCCAUGACUCUAGCAGUUUCUGAGGCCAUUCUGGUGAGCUCAAUCAUUUUUGCUAGCAGGCAGGUUUUAGGUUAUGUAUUUAGCAAUGAGCAGGAUGUGGUGGAUUAUGUCACAGAUAUGGUUCCUCUUUUAAGUAUAUCUGUUAUAGUAGACACGUUACACGGUACCCUUUCAGGUAUUGCUAGAGGAUGUGGGUGGCAGCACAUAGGAGCAUAUGUAAACCUUGGAGCUUAUUAUGUUGUGGGAAUUCCAAUGGCUGCCAUAUUGGGUUUCUGGCUACAAUUAAGAGGAAAAGGCCUUUGGAUUGGAAUACUGACUGGUGCCUUCUGCCAAACAAUUAUGCUAUCUCUCAUCACAAGUUGUACAAACUGGGAAAAACAGGCAAUUAAAGCAAGGGAAAGGAUAUUUCAGAGAAGUUUUUCUGUAGAAGAUGGAUUAGUUUAAGCAAAUGGAGAAGAUUCUUUAAAGUUGUUAGCUUGUUUAGUUGGGUAUUGGUAAAACAUCUAGCUUUGGUUGCAGAAAACAUCAAAUUUUUCAGUUGCUUAAAGAGUUAGAGGAACAAAAUGUUUUCAUAAAAGGACAAGUGUAAGAAUAUUGAUAUGUUAUUUUUUCUCAAUCCAAUUUUGGUUAAGGUUCUGUAA